CAAGUCUCUUUCGUCUGCGUCCAAAGCGUCACGUGCAUCCAUCCGAGCCCGGCACUUUCCUUGUUGCUGUUUGAGAAUGCAAGAUCCCAAAAUCAAAUUGGAUUUUUACUAGGAGAAAUUCAAAUAUUUGUAACAAAAAAAGUUACAGAUGAAAAGUCUGUUGAAAACAUUAAAACACAUAUAAAUAUUAAAAGUAUUGUACUGCAUCCUUUGGGCUGUGAACCAUUCUUCAAUACCACAGGACAGUUAAAUGAAGAAUGUUUGAAAGAGUUCCUAAAAGAUGACAUAUAUAAAGUUGUUGGAUGGUACCACUAUCGUUAUAACUUUAAACUUGAAUUGAACUCUCUGAGAGACAAAAAUUUACAUACUGAUUUAUCAAAAUUUUUUUCAAAGUUCAUUAGACUACAAAGGCAAGAAAAUUUUUUGUUUUUCCUUAUGGUUGCCAAUAAGAAUGAAACUCAUGCAACACAUAAGUUUAAGCAUUUGUUAUAUCGAAAAGAAGGAAAAGAUUAUAAGUCUGUAUCAUUCAGAAUUAAUAAUCUAGGAGCAGAUGCAACUAGACCUGAUGGAUCAGAUUAUAAGCCUAUUCCAAGAUACACAUCAUGUCAAACUGACAGUUUUGAUCAAGUUUAUGUUUCAUUGAGAAAUGACUUAAAGAGGGUUUCUGGAGUCGAAGCAGUGCAGCUCAUAGAAAAGGGUGCAGAAGCUUUACUUGCAAAAUUAAUACCCGAAGUCAAUAAAACUGAUCAAAUAGUUACAAAACUAUCUGAGCAGUUAUUUGAAAUGAGACAUGCUUAUUGUAGAGAAAAGUUUGAAAAGAUGAAGACAGAAUUUAUGAGAACAGAAAUGCAACGGUGUUCUAUGGACGUUGAUAUACGAUCGGAUAUACAACGUCCAUUGUCUCCUUUGAUUACAAAAUCUGAAUGUGUAAGUCCAGAAUCACCUUUAAUGUUUGAUCCACCAAAGAUCUCACCGUCAGGCAGUACUAUAAAAACGGCAACAAAGAUAAAUUUAAAACAAGAAAGCAGUGACGAACGGACACAAGAUCAUACCUCGAGUAAACAAAAUCAAAUGAAAUAUGACUGUCCAAAAUCACCAGAGCUUAGUAGUCAAAAAUCGAAAUCGGUAAAACAGCGUAAAGCUCAAUUUGAGUAUAAUGUUCAAUCACUCACUAAAUUGACAUCUAGUUUUGAUAAAAAGAGUAUACGCAAAUCGUUAGACUACGACAGACAAAACUCUUAACUAAUAUUCGACUCU